AUGACUCUUAACUUUCGAUUUAUUUCUGCUUGUGUUCGUUUUCAGGAAAAUGGUAGAUGCCUGAAUGGCUGCUGUCAACCAAAUCCUUGCCUUAAUGGAGGCACAUGCGCAGAGAGCUGCAGUGACAUCAGGGAACAGUACACCUGCGCAUGUCCACAGCAUUACCAGGGAAAGAGAUGUCAGAUCUUCCAUCCAAGAGUCAAAUCAUGCCAAUCUUACUUGAAGCUAAAACCAGAGUCUAAGUCAGGCGUAUAUUACCUUAAUGACACGGUUCAGAGUUAUUGUGAUUUUGACUCUGAACCCGGAAAAAUCUGGACUCUCAUCGAGUCGUUCUCUCUAGAAAAUAAGGCAUUUUACAGACAACAACCUUUUUACGUCAACGUUCCGAGAAACGAAACAAUAUUUAACUGGAAUGAUUAUCGAGUGUCCUACCAAGCAAUGGUCAACAUCCGGGACAACUCAACGCACUGGCGCGUGACGUGUAAUUUCCCGUCAGGUCUUAAUUUCACUGACUACGCACGCGCGAAUCUGCAGGAUACGGACAUCCUAGCAUUUGUCAAUCAAGAUAGCUGUCAGAAGUACGAGUACAUUUCGGUUCGUGGAAGAAGUUGUACGAAUUGCUUAGGGAUGCUUGUGCAGCGAGAUACCCAACAUAUGCAUACGGAUUCGUACUGGAGCGGAAGAAAUGGUUGUUCUUGGGAUCCAAGUGCAGGUGCCCUGAAGGACGAAGAUAAUUUUGGAUAUUAUGACGUUACCAAUACUCAACACAAGUGCACUGAAAGUUCUCUUUCCACCACGCAAUGGUGGCUCGGUGCGACGCUCUAAAUCUGAGCCAACAAUGCGAUCAGCACUGGUUGUAUAGGUCAGCGUAAGGAGGGUGAAAAACAACACAGCGGUCCAACUUUAGGCACGCCCAACUGGAUCAAUAUUGACCAGCCGUAUGGCUUUAUGAGAAAACCAGAGUCACUUUUAUUCCUCCCUUACCCUAAAAAAAAAAAGGUGCCUGCGUUUUCGUACACAUUUACUUUCUAGCUUCUAUAGUUUUUAAAUCCUGUAAGAUAAUCCACUUCUGAAAGCUUGAAAGCACAGUGUUAGGCCGUCAAAUUGGAACACCUGACAUCAAACUCCUCACUUGGAGACCUCUGAUGGUGACUUUUGCUCAUGUUGUUGAGAAGGGUCGCUGCGAGUGACAUCGGUCUGUCUGUGGAGAGGAUUGUGCGGAAAAUGACGAGUGUCCUAGCCAGUCCUUUUGGCUUUUGUAACCUGCUCCACUGACUAAAGAACACGACUUUCUGCUGUAGGACUUCGCUCGUCACCACAGUCACACGAUGAGAAUGAAAAAGAAUGAUUUUAAUGUCUUUAUAUCCGAAUAUUUAAAUGUGAUUUUAAAACCCUUAAUUUUUUUAGUUUAAGAGCAAACUUUUCGUACUGAAUAACAAUAAAGUCGAAUGCGUCUUGCUUGGCA